AUCGCUCGCCUGAAACACGAGCUCCAGCAGAGCCAGGCGGGGAGAGAGAGCGCUGUGCUGGACAAGGAGCUGCUGGAGCAGCGAUUGCAGAAGGUGGAACAGGUGUGGACAGCAAGAGACGCACACAGGAGGGCGGGUCCCGGCAGGUCAAAGUCCUGGAGAUCGCUCGCCUGAAACACGAGCUCCAGCAGAGCCAGGAGGGGAGAGAGAGCGCUGCGCUGGACAAGGAGCUGCUGGAGCAGCGAUUGCAAAAGGUGGAACAGGAUGUGGACAGCAAGAGACGCACACAGGAGGGCGCGUCCCGGCAGGUCAAAGUCCUGGAGAUCGCUCGCCUGAAACACGAGCUCCAGCAGAGCCAGGCGGGGAGAGAGAGCGCUGCGCUGGACAAGGAGCUGCUGGAGCAGCGAUUGCAGAAGGUGGAACAGCAUGUGGACAGCAAGAGACGCACACAGGAGGGUGCGUCCCGCCAGGUCAAAUUCCUGAAGAUCGCUCGCCUGAAACACGAGCUCCAGCAGAGCCAGGCGGGGGGAGAGAGCGCUGCGCUGGACAAGGAGCUGCUGGAGCAGCGAUUGCAGAAGGUGGAACAGCAUGUGGACAGCAAGAGACGCACACAGGAGGGUGCGUCCCGGCAGGUCAAAUUCCUGAAG